AUGAAGCUCAAUCCAGGACAGCUAACGGCAUUUUUGGCCGCCAAUUCUACCGGCGUUGGCGUUCUAGUAUGCCCAGGUGGUGGAUACAGUAUGGUAGCCAAGGACCACGAAGGAAUCCAGCCUGCAGAAUACCUCAACGCGCUCGGCAUCGAUGCGUGGGUUCUCGACUACACAACAGCUACUAACAAAACACCACCACUGUAUCCCACACCUAUGAAGGAAGCUCUUGCUGCAGUAGACCUCAUCCGAAAGGAAAGUCCUGAUACGAAGAAGCUCGGCAUCUGGGGCUUCUCAGCCGGCGGACAUCUCGCCGCCACAACACUUACCACACCUUCGGCCAAGCUCGAUUUCGGUAUUUUGGGGUAUCCAGUUAUUACCCUCGAGGACGAUUACACCCACGAGAACUCGCGGUACAACCUUCUCGGAGACAAGCCAAGCGCCAAGAAGAUCAAAGAGCUCUCUGCCCAGAACCGAGUGACUGAUAAGACACCGCCGACGUUCCUUUUCCAUACUUCCAACGACGGUCUCGUCCCCGUUCAAAACACUUAUCUCUUUACUGAGGCUAUGGCAGCACACGGCAGAUUAGCUCAGGUUUUGGUACUGCCUGAUGGGAACCAUGGUAUAGGCUUGGCUCUGAAUGAUCCUAUGCGGAACUGGACUCCUGAGUUGGCUCGGUUCCUAAAGUAUUCGAUCUAG